AUGGACUCGCCUAGGGCGGCGCAGGCGGCGACGCGGCGCAAGAAGAUGACGAAGCAGCUGACGGGGAAGCGGGACGACACCGCGAUGCACGCGGCGGCGCGCGCCGGGCAGCUCGCGUCCAUGCGGGAGAUGAUGUCCGGCAAGGACGCCGAGGAGCUCGGGACGCUGCUGUCGAGGCAGAACCAGGCCGGGGAGACGCCGCUAUUCGUGGCCGCCGAGUACGGGUACGUGGCCCUGGUGUCCGAGAUGAUCAAGUACCACGACGUCGCCACCGCCAGCAUCAAGGCCCGCAGCGGCUACGACGCGCUCCACAUCGCCGCCAAGCAAGGGGAUGUAGACGUCGUGAGGGAGCUGCUGCAAGCGCUGCCUCAGCUAUCGAUGACGGUGGACUCGUCGAACACGACGGCGCUGAACACGGCGGCGACGCAGGGGCACAUGGACGUGGUGAGGCUCCUGCUGGAGGUGGACGGGAGCCUGGCGCUGAUCGCGCGCAGCAACGGCAAGACGGCGCUGCACUCUGCGGCGCGGAACGGGCACGUGGAGGUGGUGCGCGCGCUGCUGGAGGCGGAGCCCAGCAUCGCGCUGCGCACGGACAAGAAGGGCCAGACCGCGCUGCACAUGGCCGCCAAGGGCACCCGGCUGGACCUCGUGGACGCGCUCCUCGGCGCCGAGCCGGCGCUGCUCAACCAGACGGACAACAAGGACAACACGGCGCUGCACAUCGCCGCGCGCAAGGCGCGGCACGAGAUCAUCAGGCGGCUGGUCACGAUGCCCGACACGGACCUCAGGGCGAUCAACCGGUCCCGCGAGACCCCGCUGGAUACGGCGGAGAAGAUGGGCAACACCGACGCCGCGGAGCUGCUGGCGGAGCACGGCGUGCAGUCGGCGCGCGCCAUCAGCCCGAGCGGCGGCGGCAACAAGCAGCAGCGCGAGCUGAAGCAGCAGGUGAGCGACAUCAAGCACGAGGUGCACUCGCAGCUGGAGCAGACGCGGCAGACGCGCGUGCGCAUGCAGGGCAUCGCGAAGCGCAUCAACAAGCUGCACGAGGAAGGGCUGAACAACGCCAUCAACUCGACGACGGUGGUGGCCGUGCUGAUCGCGACGGUGGCGUUCGCGGGUAUCUUCACGGUGCCCGGGGAGUACGUGCAGGACCCGGGCAGCCUGGCGCCCGGGCAGGACCUGGGCGAGGCCAACAUCUCCCACCAGACGGCGUUCAUCAUCUUCUUCGUGUUCGACUCCGUGUCGCUCUUCAUCUCGCUGGCCGUCGUGGUGGUGCAGACGUCGGUGGUGGUGAUCGAGCGCAAGGCCAAGAAGCAGAUGAUGGCGGUGAUCAACAAGCUCAUGUGGGUGGCCUGCGUGCUCAUCAGCGUCUCCUUCCUGGCGCUGUCGUUCGUGGUCGUGGGCCGCGCCGAGCGAUGGCUGGCCGUGUCCGUCACCAUCAUGGGCACCACCAUCCUGGCCACCACCAUCGGCACCAUGCUCUACUGGGUGAUCGCGCACCGCAUCGAGGCCAAGCGGAUUCGCACCAUCAAGCGCAACAGGCUCAGCCGCUCCCGCUCCUUCUCCUGCUCCGGCAUGUCGGAGGGCGAGUGGGUCGAGGAGGAGUACAAGAGGAUGUACGCCAUCUGA